UCUUGGCACUACUGCAAAAGCUAAAAAACCCAAAAAACUAAAGAGUGUCCAUCACUUACAGCUCAUGGAAACUAACUUAACAUUUUUUGUGACUAUAUGGUUGAUGUUGUGGCUUUGAGGCUGCACAUUUUCCACAGUGAACUUUUCCCAGUGCAGCAACUAACCCACCCAUGGAGUGAAAGCUCCCUGCCAGACACAACCCUUUCAACUCCAUGCAGCCAUGUUACAUUUUGAUAAAACAUCACGACUGGUCUAACCUUGCAGGAUGUUUCUCUGUAGGUGUCAUUUUAUGUAGAGCACGCUACUUCGGCUUCUCUGCUUUCGACGAGGUACAGGAAAUCAAAGACAAGGCUAGCUGUAUUAUUACCUCCCUCUCACUUCUGUUUUUAGUCUUUUGACAGUGAAGAACAAUGAGACCAGAUAAAAGACUCCAGUGCAGAAGUACCUUCUUCAUCACAUGUUUGGCCCUCACUUCAGCAGCUCAUCAUGUCAUAACGCCAGCGACUCUCACCCUACUGGUUGGACAGAGGGCACACUUCAACUGUACUCUGGUGGAGAAAGGCAACUGUGAGGAGGUGAACUUCUACUGGCGAAACAAGUGUCUGUUCCAGAAUGGCACAGAAGGAGACUGGAAUGAUAUUAAAAAUGGCGAGAAGCACCGCAUUAUUUUCAGCAAACUAUGGAGCUCUCUGGAAAUUACAGAUGUGAUCGUCUCAGAUGAAGGCUGGUACAUGUGCUACAACUUCUGCUUUGGGAAGCAGACUCGCUUAAUUGAAGAGAAGGCGAAGCUCAUUCUUGAAGCCCAGCCUACAGUGAGUGUCACUUCUUCCAUAUCAUCUGAAGCACCUGACCUCCUGCUCCUGACCUGUAGUGCUGUGGGUUUCUACCCUAUCAGUGUGUCAUUUACUUGGCUUCACUCCCUUCCAGGGGGAACCCACACCAGUUCUGAGGUGAUACCCACUGUCCUCCAGAACGGCACCUACAGCAGUAACUCCACUCUACAGAUCAGCACCGCCCAAUGGAGCUCAGAGGAGGAGAUCGGAUGUGUGGUGAAUCACAGUUCUCUGACGAAGCCACACAUCGAAUACCUCAAACAGUCGGCAGGUCUGUCAUCUGGUGUGUCUCGCUGUCAGCUGAAAAUAAUUCUGCUGUCUUUGGGUUUGGUGCUGAUGAUCUCCGCUGUCACAGGAGUCCAUGUGACGACCCACAGAGGAAACAAAUCUCAUCAAAGCAAGUCUUUUGAAGAAAAAACUGAAGAAAUGGAGUAAAAUACGUCAGGAUAUACAGCGACAAGGAAGUUAAUGUAAUAUAAAUGAAUUUUGUGCCAAACUUUUUAAUGGUGGAAAAAAUAUUUGAAGAGAGCAAACAAUCUCUAUUUUCUAGAAUGCCAUUUACAGCCUUGGUUCACAAAGCACUUUACAUAAUUAAUCAGCCGGCCUUUACUUUUACAAUGUUCUGCUAUAUAUUGAUAUUUAUAUAUAAAUAUAUUUUAACUUACUGUGGAAAUUUUAACAUUCUUGUGUUUUAUGUACACUUAUGAGCCAAAACAUUCUGAGCACAGUUGUAUGAAGCAGAUGACAUCAACUCUCUCAUAACAAGAGCACAUGUCAAUGCCAGGGAUAUAUUAGAUGGCAAGCUGACAUUAGUUACUCGUACAUGUUGAAUGAAUAAGAUAUGAGCAAUUGUGAAGAGCUGAGUGACUAGUGAGAAAAGCGCUA